GAAAAUGUUCCCCAAAGAAAUUUCCGUAGUUGAGACUUUUCAGAUCUAACCAUAUUCUCUCUCUUCUGAGAGUGAGAGAGAGAGCAUAUAAUUAGGCCGGGUCAUGUCUUCAUCCUCUCUUCCCUGAUAUACAACAAUCCAUUUUACACUUUCUUUACAUAUAAUAUACCAAGGAGGAGGGGGAAGAGAGAGAUGAGUCUCCAGGAGAAUGGGAAUGGUGGGAAAAAAAAGUACAGGAGGAUGGAUUCUGAUUCCAUGGAAGAAGAAGAUGGUGUCUCUGACAAUCAUUCUCAACAAGAGAGAACCAACAGCACCAGGAAAUAUGUUAUGGCCUGUGCCAUAUUUGCCUCUCUUAAUUCUGUUCUUCUUGGCUAUGAUGUGGGUGUUAUGAGUGGUGCCAUUUUAUUUAUUCAAGAGGAUUUGAAGAUCACCGAGGUGCAAGUAGAAGUACUUGUUGGAAUUCUGAGUAUAAUUUCACUUUUGGGUAGUUUAGCAGGGGGUAAAACAUCAGAUGCCAUUGGUAGAAAAUGGACGAUGGCUUUUGCAUCCAUUGUCUUUCAAAGCGGUGCUGCUAUAAUGGCGUUGGCUCCUUCUUUCCGAGUACUAAUGGUAGGCAGGCUUUUGGCUGGGAUUGGGAUAGGCUUCGGAGUCAUGAUUGCGCCUGUAUACAUUGUCGAAAUAUCACCAACUGUUUCCAGAGGAUCGCUAACCUCCUUCCCCGAAAUCUUCAUAAAUUUUGGACUCCUUCUUGGUUAUGUCUCGAAUUAUGCUUUUUCAGGACUACCUGCACACAUAAACUGGAGAAUCAUGCUUGCUGUGGGGAUCCUACCCUCUGUAUUUAUUGGGUGUACAUUGUUUCUUAUCCCUGAAUCCCCAAGGUGGUUGGUAAUGCAAAACAGGAUUGAUGAAGCAAGGUUGGUGCUGUUAAAAACAAACGAUAGUGAAACUGAAGUAGAAGAGAGAUUAGCAGAAAUACAACUAGCUGCGGGGCAUUCUAAUGUUGACAAGUAUGAAGAGAGAGCUGUAUGGCGUGAAUUACUAAAUCCUUCACCUGGAGUUCGAAGGAUGCUAAUUGCUGGUUGUGGAAUCCAGUGUUUCCAACAGGUCACAGGCAUUGAUGCAACUGUAUAUUAUAGCCCCACAAUAUUUAGAGAUGCCGGGAUCACAGGUAAUGCACAGCUUCUCGCUGCAACAGUUGCCGUUGGGUUUACAAAGACAAUGUUCAUUUUGAUAGCUAUAUUCCUCAUUGACAGAGUUGGUAGAAAACCACUUCUUUAUGUGAGUACAAUUGGCAUGACUAUUUGUCUGCUCGGUCUAGGCCUCACUCUAUCUUUACUAGGGAAUGGUCCAAUUGGGAUUAAACUAGCUAUUCUAUCAGUUUGUGGGAAUGUAGCUUUCUUCUCAGUGGGAAUUGGCCCGAUUUGUUGGGUCUUGUCAUCUGAAAUCUUCCCUCUAAAGCUUCGAGCUCAAGCAUCAGCUCUUGGGGCAGUGGGGAGUAGGGUCAGUAGUGGUCUGAUUGCCAUGUCUUUCCUCUCAGUUUCUCGAGCUAUUACAGUUGGAGGAACAUUCUUCGUGUUUGCAGCAAUUUCGGCUCUAUCUGUCGCCUUUGUUUACAAGUGUGUUCCAGAAACCAAGGGGAAGUCUUUAGAGCAAAUAGAAAUGCUAUUUCAAAAUGAAAAACAAUGGCAAGAAGGUGAAUCGGAGCUCGGUGAUGUUGAGCAUUUAGUCCAGAAGCAAUAAUCAGCUAAGCAUCCAUGUUUGCUACUGCAAGAUGACAUCAUACAACAUUCUGUAGGGAAGAUUGUACUGCCCUAAUCCACCAAAAUGAACCUUGCUAUCUAUCAUUCUGGGGCUCAAAAUAUGCCUCGAAAAUCCUUUAUUUUUGCUCCAUACUUGCUUGAACUGUCCAGAGCUUCAUGUACGUCUGUCCUAUGAGAAUCAUAUACAUUGGAUACUUGUAAAGAUUGGGAGUUUAGAUUGAAUUUUGCGAACAAAAUUCAAGUUUUUUGUUGUUUAUAUUUUGCUUUUAGCUUGGUUAUGUGUAUUGGAGAUACAAUUGGUAAUAAAAGCGUCUAAUUCGUUCCUAGAGGCAAAAUGUAUCUUGUUCAUACAUUGUUGAAUCAUAGCUUGGUUUUU